CUUACAGGUAUUAUAUAUCUACGAUCUCAUCUUAAUAAAUAUCUAUCGGUCGAUACGUUUGGCAAUGUGCUAUGCGAGACGGAUGAACGCGACGCCGGCAGUCGUUUCCAGAUAAGCAUCAGUGAGGAUGGCACUGGCCGUUGGGCAUUAAAGAACGAAUCACGUGGUUAUUUCCUUGGCGGUACACCCGACAAACUUGUAUGUACCGCUAAAACUCCUAGCGCCAGCGAGUUCUGGACAGUACACUUGGCUGCUAGGCCACAAGUGAAUUUGCGUUCGAUUGGACGUAAGCGCUUCGCUCAUCUGUCCGAAUCACAAGAUGAGAUACAUGUCGAUGCGAAUAUUCCAUGGGGUGAAGAUACGCUAUUUACAUUGGAAUUCCGCGCAGAGGAGGGCGGACGUUAUGCCUUGCAUACAUGCAACAACAAGUAUUUGAAUGCCAAUGGCAAACUGCAAACUAUUUGCAAUGAGGAUUGUCUCUUCAGCGCUGAAUAUCAUGGCGGACACUUGGCGCUGCGUGACAAACAAAGCCAGUAUCUUUCGCCAAUCGGCUCCAAGGCUGUGCUAAAAUCGCGUUCUUCCACUGUGACACGUGAUGAGCUAUUCUCGUUGGAAGAUUCCUUGCCGCAAGCAUCGUUUAUAGCUGAGUUGAAUUCGCGUUAUGUAUCGGUGAAACAAGGCGUCGAUGUGACCGCCAAUCAGGAUGAGGUGGGCGAGAACGAGACAUUCCAAUUGGAGUUUGACUGGUCGGCUCAUCGCUGGGCGUUGCGCACAACACAAGAUCGCUAUUGGUGUUUGUCCACUGGUGGUGGCAUACAAGCCACUGGUAAUAGACGUUGUGCUGAUGCGCUUUUCGAACUGGUCUGGCACGGUGAUGGCUCAUUGUCGUUCCGCGCGAAUAAUGGCAAAUUUUUGGCUACAAAACGUUCCGGACACUUAUUUGCCACCUCAGAAAGUAUUGAGGAAAUAACAAAGUUCUACUUCUAUUUGAUAAAUAGACCCAUACUUGUACUUAAAUGCGAACAGGGCUUUGUUGGCUAUCGCACGCCCGGCAAUCUUAAGCUGGAAUGCAAUAAGGCCACAUACGAAACGAUCUUGGUGGAGCGCGCCCAAAAGGGUUUGGUUCACUUGAAGGCACACAGUGGCAAAUACUGGCGCAUUGAUGGCGAAGGCAUCGCCGUCGAUGCGGACGCACCCGCUGAUGGUUUCUAUUUGGAGUUGCGAGAACCGACACGAAUUUGCAUAAGAUCACAAACUGGCAAAUAUUUGGGUGCCACGAAAAACGGCGCUUUCAAGCUGCUCGACGAUGGCAGCGAUUCGGCCACACAAUGGGAAUUCUAAAGCGGUAUUGACGGCUAAAAGUGCUGGGUAUUUGCUUAACUGAUAAUCCUGUUAGUAUGUAAUUUGAAUGCUGCAUACAUACAUACAUACAUAUAUGCAAAAGUGAAUGAUAACAAAAAUAAGCGGAAUAAGUAUUUGCCAAUAAUGAACAUGGAAAAGCUUAUGUGCACACACACACACACACACGCAUACUUACAUAUAUUUAUUAGAAAUGAUAAAGUGAGUAAAAAAGAUAAAAAGGCAACAAAAUAAACUUAAAUAAAAUGCAAUAUAAUUGAGCGACUAAAAUCGUUUAACAUAAAUAAAUGAUGAUGAAUUAAUAAAUUGUAAGAAAACGCAUGCAAUUAAUAAACUAACUAAAAAUACAAUACAAAUGCAAUUGGAGAUUUUAGAAAGCGAAUACUUAAGAAGAGCUAAAUGCAGUUGGUCAAAAUACGCCGUUGAGCGCACGCUUUUACAUACAUAAACACAUACAUACAAACAUAUUGAAAGCAAACAUAAUAUUUUUAUACCGUACCAGAUGUGAAAGGAAUUAAGAAAACAUAUACAUACAUGUGUAAACAAAAAAUACAAACAAAAAAUUGCCAACCAAAACAGGAAACGCACAAUUUUUUACAGAAUUUUAUACAGAAAGAAAAUUUAGCUUUUAUAUCAAGAAAAAACGGAAAACAUUUAAUAAAAAAUUUGCAUUGCCCUGAGGAAAAGCUUAAGUGGUGCGGCGGCAAACGCGCGGUAAAAAACGGAGAUAUUUGCUUUAUAAAAAGCUAACGCAAACUGGCGCGUCAGAAUUUUAGGAAAAUCUUAUUUUAAAUAUUCCAUAUCUGAUGAAAUGUAGAAAGGCCCGAACGCAACAAAGAUUUAGGUUUGAGCUAAAAUUGCGGUUAAGUUGAAAAAAAGGUAGUUCUCGAAUCUCCAACGUGGUUUCUCAAUCGUAUCUCAAGUGGAGAAUCAUAGCGUUCUCAAC